CCCGCCACGGCUGGGGACACCGAGGGGGUCUCCCCCCUGGAUUGCGUCAUCUGCUUCGCCCCCUACGAUCGUCUCUUCAAGGUGCCCAAGGCGUUGGGGUGCGGUCACACCUUCUGCCUCGAAUGCCUGGCCAGGGUCACC